AUGGCCAAGGCCCAGAGUCCACGGCAGGCAGUGAUGAACGGGCUUGCAGCCUGGAGGGAGUGGGCCGAGGAGCCAUCCGAACGAGCCGGGCGGAGGUCCCCGGGUCCCGGCGGGCGCCUGUCGCGCGCCAGCUCGCGCUCCGUCGAGUUCUUUUUGUCGCGCCGCCGCCGGGCGCGCAGCAGCGUGUGCCGCCGCAAGGUGGCCCAGGCGCGCGAGAAGCGCUUCACCUUCGUGCUGGCGGUGGUCAUGGGCGUGUUCGUGCUCUGCUGGUUCCCCUUCUUCUUCAGCUACAGCCUGUACGGCAUCUGCCGCGAGGCCUGCCAGGUGCCCGACCCGCUCUUCAAGUUCUUUUUCUGGAUCGGCUACUGCAACAGCUCGCUCAACCCGGUCAUCUACACCGUCUUUAACCAGGACUUCCGGCGAUCCUUUAAGCACAUCCUCUUCCGACGGAGGAGAAGGGGCUUCAGGCAGUGAGCUGAGCGCCCGGCCCGCGCAGACCUGG